CGUUUCAAUACAUUCCGUUGACGGUAUGGUUGAUACUUUUUUCGUUGAUCAGCCUAUACUAUAAUCGCAAUCAUUUGAUUCAUAAUAUAUGAUAAACAUAUUCAAAGUCACCACAGUUCAACUCAGAGCUAAUAAAAAGAUUACCGUGUGGUACUGAAUUUCUAUGCAGUUCCAACUUGAAGUUGUCGAUGUGAAAAGUGCUUUUUCUUGCAGUAUACAUAGUUUCAAAUUAUGUACUGUAUUAGAUACAUUUCACGACUCGGAUUAACAUCAUGUACUGGCCUAAGAUCGAUUGCCAGUUUAAGUGCUCUACCCGAAACCCACCAAAUACUGCAAAAAACAUGCCGCAAUUUUGCAGAUAGUCAACUUUUUCCGAUAGCGGCAAAAAUCGACCGAGAACAUUACUAUCCGGCGAAAGAGUUAGCUAAGCUGGGAAACCUAGGACUAAUGUCAAUCGUACUAAGUGAAAAGUAUGGUGGAUCAGGAUUGGAUUACUUAGCAUAUGCCAUCGCUAUGGAAGAAAUCUCACGGGGUUCUGCCUCUGUUGGCGUUACAAUGUCAAUUCAUAAUUCACUCUACUUAGGAGUGCUAGAGAAAUACGGCACUGAAGAACAAAAGCAGACAUUUAUUCCAGGUUACAUUGAUGGUAAGCAGAUUGGGUGCUUCGCAUUGUCAGAACCUGGAAAUGGCUCGGAUGCUGGAGCAGCAUCUACCACCGCAACACUGAAAGGUGAUUACUGGGUUCUUAAUGGAACAAAGUGUUGGAUUUCUGGUGGUUAUGAAGCUGGAACGGGAAUCGUUUUUGCUACUACGGACAAAAAGCUCAAGCACAACGGCAUUUCUGCGUUUAUAGUUCCAAUGAACUCCCCGGGAUUGAGUCGUGGAAAAAAAGAAGAAAAACUCGGAAUUCGUGGCACCUCUACAUGUCAACUAAUUUUUGAGGAUUGUGAAAUACCAAGAGAAAACUUACUAGGUAAGGAAGGAUACGGUUUCAAAAUUGCCAUGCAGUCACUGGACGCAGGUCGCAUUGGUGUGGCUGGUCAAGCGCUGGGAAUUGCUCAGGCCUCUUUGGAAUGUGCCGUUAAUUAUGCUGGUAAACGAAAAGCGUUUGGACAACCAAUAAGCAAAUUUCAGGCAAUACAAAUGAAAUUAGCUGAUAUGUCGGUAAAAUUAGAAUCAGCACGCUUGCUGACCUGGAGAGCUGCAUGGUUAAAAGACAACAGUAUGCCCUUUACAAAAGAGGCUGCACAAGCGAAAUUAGCAGCCUCAGAAACAGCGACUUAUUGCGCUCAUCAAUGUAUGCAGAUCUUAGGGGGAAUGGGCUAUGUUUCGGAUAUGCCUGCAGAACGUUAUUACCGUGAAGCUAGAAUAACGGAAAUCUAUGAGGGAACUUCGGAAAUUCAAAGGCUGGUUAUUGCUGGGCAAAUUCUGAAAGAGUAUGGCGCGUGAUAUUAUACUAAUUCAAUAGCUAUCAAAAUGUAGCAUUUUCAGCAUAUUGUGGUACUUAUUGCUAUCGUCACUAACCGUAUACUUAGUAUAUUUUUACCUAAAUGGAAAUAAGCUAAACACGUGCUGUACUUGAUU